AUGGCUUUAACAUGGGAAGACAAAGAAGUUAGCUUCGAUGUCCCGUAUUCGGAAAUGCGUUUAAGACUAGGAGAAAAAGUCAUAGACAAACUAGAUAACAUUGAGGACACAAAGGGCAAUGCCGGAGAUCGCGGAAGGCUUAUAAUUACAAAUUUAAGGCUUCUUUGGCAUUCUAUGACUAGUCCUAGAGUAAAUCUGUCCAUCGGUUUCAACACAAUUGUAUCGAUAAAUACCAAAAUUGUAAAUUCGAAAGUUAAAGGCACCACCCAAGCACUACACUUAUUAACAAUAUCCAAUGGUACCAGAUAUGAAUUUGUAUUCACAAACCAAGUACAAGGAAAUAUGCGUCACUUUACUUCUGUAGUUGGAGUACACAAGGCUUACAUAACUUCAAAACUCUACAGAGAAUUGAAACUCCGUGGGGGAGUUGUCCAUAAUAAAAAACUAAAAAUCCUACCCCAGGAACAAGUAGUUUCCAGUAUGCAUGGAGUGUGGAACUUGUCCAGCGACCAAGGCAGUUUGGGGACUUUUGUUGUUACCAAUAUUAGAUGUGUUUGGUUUGCUGAUAUUAACGAAGGUUUUAAUAUUUCUCUGCCAUAUUUGCAAGUUGACUCAAUUCGUAUAAGAGACUCAAAAUUCGGAAAAGCAUUGGUGAUAAAAAGUACAGAACGCAGUGGCAAUUUUAUUUUAGGCUUUAAAGUGGAUUCCGAAGAUAAACUAACCACUUUGUAUAAAGAGUUGACUUCAUUACAUACAGUAUUCCUUAAUAAUCCUAUUUUUGGAGUUGAAUACAAGUUGAACACGAAAAUCAAUGAGGUGGAGCAUAAAAAUGAUCUAUUGGAUGAUUUAGAGGUUGUUGAGGAUCCAAAAAAUGAAAUCGGAAAUACAUUGGCAGCUUAUUUAGCUGACGAGGGACACAAAAAAGACAGACCUCCGGUUUAUUGCAAGGAAUUGGGGUUGGCUAUUGAAUCCAUCAAAGAAGGGUACACUUUGAAGAAACUUUGGGAAGUUAUUCCAUCAAAUUGA